AAAAUUUGAUUAAUAGGGGGGAAAAAUUAAUAAAAGAAAAAAAUUUUGAAAAAGAAAAAAUAAAAAUUUUCUUUUUCUUUAAAUUGUGAUUAAAAAUUUUAUGCUUUGGAAACGGAAAUAAAUUGUGAUAAUUUUUUUUUUGACAAAAUUUCGAAUAUUUUUAGAAAAUUUUUUUAUUUAAUUUAAAUCUUUAUUAUUUCUAAAAAAAAUUUAAAAAAAAAAAUCUAAACAAAAUUUUAAAAAUAAAAUUGAAAUUGAAAAAAAAACGAGAGGAACUUUAAACGUUACAAAAAUGUUGAAAAAAGAGAAACCGAUGUUAUCAGUUGAUGCCUUAAUUCAGGCACAAAAUAAAACACCAUGGUUGCAAAAUCAAAGAGCUUAUAUGGAACAAGCAUUUGGGCAUAUGUCACCGAUAUCACCACAGGAAAUGAAACCAGAAAUGAAACCUGAUAUAUCAUUAUUAAAUGGUAACAGUAUUGAAAGUUUUUCACCAGGUCCUGGUAGUCCAAAUUCAUUUGCAACAAUAAAUAGUACAUUACAAUCAUUGAAUUCAUCAUGUGCAGCAUCACCAACUGGUGCUGGUGGUAAUGGUGGAAAUCAAAUUGGCGGUAAUGGUGGUAAUAAUAUACCAUCACAAUAUCCACCAAAUCAUCCAUUAAGCGGUUCAAAACAUUUAUGUUCGAUUUGUGGUGAUCGUGCUAGUGGAAAACAUUAUGGUGUUUAUAGUUGUGAAGGCUGUAAAGGUUUUUUCAAACGAACAGUACGUAAAGAUUUGACCUAUGCAUGCAGGGAAGAUAAAAAUUGUAUAAUUGAUAAAAGACAACGUAAUCGUUGUCAAUAUUGUCGUUAUCAAAAAUGUUUAGCUAUGGGUAUGAAACGUGAAGCUGUACAAGAAGAAAGACAACGUGCCGCUAAAGUACCACAAAUAAAAACUGAAGAUAUUAAUAGUAUAACAAGUUCUGUACGUGAUUUAACAAUUGAACGAAUUAUUGAUGCUGAACAACAAGCUGAAAUUAUUAGUGGAGAUAAUGCGAUACCAUUUUUAAGAGUUGGACCAAAUUCAAUGGUACAAAAUGAGUUUCGUGGUGCCGUUUCACAUUUAUGCCAAAUGGUUAAUAAACAAUUAUAUCAAAUGGUCGAAUAUGCUCGUAGAAUGCCGUAUUUUUCAAAAUUACAAUUGGAUGAUCAAGUAUUAUUAUUAAAGGCUGGAUGGAAUGAAUUAUUAAUUGCAAAUGUUGCAUGGCGUAGUAUAGAGUAUUUAGAUUUAGAGUGUUUACCUGAUGGUUCUUCAGAUCGUCGAGUACCAUUACGUCAACCACAACAAAUGUGCUUAGCACAAAAUUUUACAUACCAUCGUAAUAGUGCGUUACAGGCUGGUGUUGCACCAAUAUUUGAUAGGAUUUUAGGGGAAUUAAGUGUUAAAAUGAAACGUUUAAAUAUUGAUCGUUCAGAAUUAUCAUGUUUAAUGGCAAUUAUAUUAUUUAAUCCAGAUAUAAGAGGUCUUAAAUGUCGACAAGAAGUUGAAGUUUGUAGAGAAAAGAUUUACGCCUGUCUUGAUGAACAUUGUCGCAAUGAACAUCCAGGUGAUGAUAGUCGUUUUGCUCAAUUAUUGUUACGAUUACCAGCAUUACGUUCGAUUAGUUUAAAAUGUUUGGAUCAUUUAUUCUUCUUUCGUUUGAUGGGCGAUAAAUCAUUAGAACAGUCAAUAGUUGAGUUACUGGAACAAGAUUUCAAACAUAAUCAACAGCCAAUAUGUUAAUACAAAAAAAAAUAAUAUAUGCAUAUAUACGUAUACAUAAUAUUUAUACUAUAUAAUGUACUUAAUUAAGACACAAAAAUAAUAUUAAUCUUUUAUUAUUAUUUUGAAGAAGAAUAAAAGAAUUAAAAAAUAUAAACUAGAUAAUUAUAAAUAGACCAAAUUUAUUUUAACAAUAUUAAUAAUUUUCUAAACUUUGGCUUUUAUUCCAUUAAGUUUAUUUUUAUCAAAAUUUUGUGUUAAAUUGCAUUCUUGCAAAUCGAAAAAAAAAUAAAAUUUUAAUAAUUUUUAUUUACAUUAUGUUUAUGUAAUUACAUU